GCGCACAGAGUUCCGUUUUUGAGAGCUGUUAGUUGGGGCUUUUAAACAGGAAGAAAAUUACUAUUACUGUUUUGCUGCAAUUAACUGUAGGAAAUCAUUGACAAAUUAAUCUUCUCAAGAUCUGUAGAUUUCUUUUAUCUGCUGACGUUUACAUUUAAUUAUAUAUAUUAAAGUUGUAUUUUUUGACAUAGUUCGAAAGAAAUAAUUUUAAAUUAUUGAUUUUUUUCUCCCGCAGAGAUACUAGCUUUUAGGUGUGGUUGUUUUAGUAGACUUUGAUUUUCUUUCUUUCCCUCCCUUUGUCUUCCAGCUUUGAGAACCUUUGUUGCUGGAGUAAUAGUGAGGGAGAUUUAUUCCAACCGUUAGGUGGGGUUUUUUCCGCGUUAAGUGAUAAUUGCAAUUUUAUUCUUUCCGUCAAUAUAAAUGAAAACCAAAUUCUCCAGCGCAGUGGACACUCUUGGGAUGGGGCUGCUAAUCGCACAGAAUGGGAUCCGCGUUCAGCAUGAAGAAACCACAGAAUACAAAGCGGGAAGACAAGACGCACCAGAUUCGCAAACCAAGCAUAAAGCUUAUCUUUGGUGCAAAGAGUUUCUUCGAGGUGCUUGGAAAACCUUGUCAGAGGACGAAUUUCAAAUUAGCAUCAUAAGGGGUGGUCUUAGUAAUCUACUUUUUCAAUGCUCAUUGCCUGAUACUAAAAGCUGUGUAAAGGAUGAACCACGGUGUGUUCUCCUUCGAUUGUAUGGUGCAAUUCUUCAGAUGACCUGUAAUAAAGGGGAGUCCAAACAGACUAACCAGGACACAUAUGAUAUUCGGGGAGCUGAUGCCAUGGUGUUGGAAAGCGUUAUGUUUGCUAUCUUGGCAGAACGAUCACUUGGUCCGAAGCUAUAUGGAAUCUUUCCUCAGGGUCGUUUGGAACAGUUCAUUGCAAGUCGGAAAUUGGAGACCAGAGAAUUGGCCAUUCCAAGCAUUUCAGCAGAAAUAGCAAAAAAAAUGGCCACAUUCCAUAGAAUGACGAUGCCAUUUAACAAAGAACCAACAUGGUUGUUUUGUACUAUGGAAAAGUACUUACAGCAAGUGAUGCGAAUAAGUUUUACAAGAGAGUCUCACGUUAGAGUGUUCCACAAACUUCUCAGUUACAACCUGCCACAGGAAAUGGAGAAGCUGAGGUCUUUGCUUCAAGCAACUCCUUCACCAAUUGUUUUCUGUCACAAUGACUGUCAGGAAGGUAAUCUACUGCUGUUGGAUAACAAUGAGAACUCUGAUGAUCAGAAACUGAUGCUCAUUGACUUUGAAUACAGCAGCUAUAACUUCAGAGGGUUUGAUUUUGGAAAUCACUUCUGUGAAUGGAUAUAUGACUACAAUUGUGAUGAGUAUCCAUUUUUCAAGGCUGAUAUCAAGAAUUACCCCACCAAAAUGCAGCAGCUCCACUUUAUCAGAGUUUACAAUGCUGAGUGCCAGAAUGAAUUUGACGCCUUAGAUGACAAACAGAUGGCAAAAAUGGAGGACCAAAUGCUAGAAGAAAUAAAUAGAUAUGCACUUGCAUCACAUUUCUUUUGGGGUCUGUGGUCCAUUAUUCAGGCUCGGAUUUCAGCAAUUGAAUUUGGAUAUUUGGAUUAUGCUUUAGCCAGAUUUGAAACAUAUUUUGAACAGAAGAAGCAGCUAGAUGUUUGAUCAUUGGAAAACGUGGAAGGAGUCAAUGAUGUGAAGUAAAGACGAAGUCAUGAGCAAAAUUAACAGUGUCAGAGCCAACUAUGGAGAACCACAGCAGUGUUCAGCAGAGAUACGGACUGUGUGUGGAUUUGUUUCACGUGGUAGAAGUUUAGAAAAUGGAUCUGUAGAAUUAAAGAUAAAUAAUAUAAAUUUAUGGUCUGCACAAAUGGUGACCUGUUUACUCUUUCAGAAUUUGCUUUGUAUAGAACUUUGAAAAGUGCAGUAAUGUAACAUUAAUCCAGGACAAAAUUGCUAAUUAAUUCUCUGGAAUAGCUUCAUUUAUUAAAGUAGAUGUUUAGUGAACAAUUAGGUAGUGUACAUCAAAAUCUUCCUCCAGCUGGAAAAUGUGACUUUUCCUGUCUGUUUUAAUGCUUUUUACAUGUUCAUUUUUUGUUUUUUGGCAAAACAACUUUUAGGUCAAGUAAGAAAGAAAAGUUGAUUUAAACUCUGAAGUACUUGCCUGGAAAUCUAUAUUAUAAGACAGGUUAAUUGCUAAAUGUAGUAAAAUGUGAAAAUCAGUAAAGCUGCUGAAGCUAACUUUGGAUACACAAUACAGUAUAAUUUUGCUUUAUUAAUAAUGAUACACCUAGUGAAAGAAUAUUGGAACCAAGCUGUUCUAAUACAACAGACUGAUACCUGAGCCAGACAGGGCAGUAGUACCCAUGGCCCUGUUUAUGAUGGGCCAGUUAGCAUAGCUGACUGAUGGGAUCCAAAGGGAUAGACCUGUCAUUGGGGGGCUGGAAUCUUCCCAUUUGUCUCCAGAUAACUUUUCAAUAAGUUGAUCCUUGCUGCUUAAGCACUAGAAUGUUUUUCAUUGAUCUGAGCUGGUAUCUGGACAUUUUUCUGUUAAACUCCAGGAGUACCGCUAGAUACACUUGGGUAAUCUCUAGUUCUUAGCUGGUGCCAACCUGUGCCUACAUUUAAAUCUUAUAUGGAGUAUGCCGUUAUGGGGAGAAAGUGUGCACUCUACACCUGUCAAUAGAAAGUCUAAUAAUGUGCAUUUCUUGGUAGUUUGAUAUGGAAAGUUAAGUAUGGUGAUGAUAAUUUCUGACACGUCAUAGUUUAGAAAACGAGUUUAGAAAAAAAUCAUAGUUUAGGAUAUCAAGUUGUGGUUUUAUUUUUUUUCUUGUUUGUUGUGUCAUUACAUAGUUAAGCCUCUGUUUUUGAAAAGUUAUGACUGCAUUAGUGUUGUUAUUCCCUCAUACUGAAUAACAAAUGUAGAAUAAACAAGGUAAUAUACUUUUAAUUGUUGGUAAAAAGAAUUGCAAGUUUGGAACCUGUAUUACUUGCAGCCAAAUUUCUGAAAUGAAUUGGCGUAAGUAGCCUUCUGCUUCAAAACUACAGUCAACAAAGAUGAAAUUUGGUUUCAGCAAGAACCCAAAAUACAUAAUGGAAGAUCAGUUACCGAUUAUAUGCCCUGCCCGAUUUUCCUUUCCAUUCAAGUCAAAGUGAGCAAGGCAGGAAGUAUAACGGGCAGCCAGUUUGCUACCACACAUUCUAAUCUCUUGCUGAAACUGAAUUUCUGCUCCAGUAUGUCACUUUAACUUUUUAUGAGGUGGCCUAUUCUGUAGUUUAAUUCGCAACUUUUAAUUUCCAGGAAAAUUGUAUUGUGAACUUAGAGUACUACUGUUGUCAGUUUGCUGUGCAUGAGGUAGAAUAACAGUGAUCAAUAUUUAUUCGUAAUUUUUUACUCUAUUGCUUAUUGUCUGUAACUCAAUUGAUGUGCCCACAUGGAGGCAUUUAAGCUAACACCUGAGCCUUUGUCUUGUUGAACAUGGUAUACUGUGUAAAUAGUAUGGUUGAGUUCUGACGUUAAGACCAAAGCCAAAACUGAUUUAGAACGAGGUACUUUGCACAUUAGUUAAAGUUUCUGACGAUAUGUCUGCCUUGACACUACUUCUUGAAAUAUCUUGAGCAUAAUAUUAUUAAUGAAGCUGCCACUAACAUACAAAUUAAUACAUACAAAUAGGUUUGUACAUUUUUUUGCAGUAAGUGAUGCACAGUAAAUGAGUAGAUUUUAACUCAUCAUAGUAAUUAAAUUUCUUGCUGAAUGCAGACAUAGUAAAAGCCCAACGUCCAGUGAAGUUCCAAAUCCUAUAGUAAUAAUUUGAUUGUUUAAAGUACUGUUUAAUGAGCUGUUUUCAAGUCAGACUAAGCUAAUAACACCCUGUUUAUUGCGUAAAAUUUCAGUGUAGUAUUAUAUUUGGGUAGCACUGAAUAAUUCUUGGUGCAACAUUGCAUUGUUUCUGACAAUACCCAACAUUAUUACUUUUGUGCAGUACUUCUGUUUUACUGGGAAGAUGCAUGGGCAUCUUAAAUGGUGAUCUUUUCUGUAAGACAGAGUAAUUGCACUUGUAGAAUUGCAGUAUAAGCAAUCAGAAUUUACCUUGUAUGUUGGAGAAUUGAUUUGUUACUGUAAAGAAAAUAUGAUGAAUGCUUUUACAUUUUUAAUGCAGUGAUGUGGUUGUUUAUUAUGUUGAUGCCAAAUCAGUUGUAUUUUUGUAAAAUGUCACUAUGUACUGACAUCAAAUCUUUAAUUAAAGCUUUUUUUCCUGGUGGCAUAAGGAAAUAAUAGUU